AUGGAACAUGAGUUACCGUCUUUUAAAUCAUGGAAAUCACUUGUUAAGAGAAGAAACAAUGCUCAAGAAGGGGGUAAAUCGUCGUGGAAAAUGAAACCGAUUGUGGCGCUCAUGUGUACAGUGCUUUUGAUCUUUUGGUAUAAGACCACAAAUAUUCAGUAUGAACAGACAGAGAUAGAAGAAACAGAUUAUCCAUUUGAGAUGGCAAAGGAAUCUGAACCGGUCAGUGGAAAGUUGAAAGGCUUACCGUUUGGUAUCAUACAGCCUAGAUCAGAUUUGGAGUUAAAGCCACUUUGGUCAAGUAGUAGUUCGAGGUCAAAGGGAGGCGAAUUGACCAACCGUAACUUGUUGGCAAUGCCGGUAGGACUUAAGCAAAAGGAUAAUGUAGAUGCUAUUGUACAGAAGUUUCUUCCAGCGAAUUUCACUGUUAUUCUAUUUCAUUAUGACGGAAACAUGGAUCAAUGGUGGGAUCUGGAGUGGAGCUCAAAAGCCAUACACAUAGUUGCACAUAACCAGACGAAAUGGUGGUUUGCAAAACGAUUUCUCCAUCCUGAUAUUGUCUCCAUUUACGAUUAUGUUUUUCUUUGGGACGAAGAUCUUGGAGUGGAGAAUUUCAACCCGCAAAGAUACCUGAGGAUAGUUAAAUCAGCCGGACUGGAGAUAUCUCAACCGGCUUUGCACCCAAACUCAACUGAAGUUCACCAUCGAAUUACAGUCCGGUCUAGAACAAAAUUAUUCCAUAGACGAGUUUACGACAGUAGAGGCAAUAUGAAGUGCUCAAAUGCUAGCGAAGGGCCUCCAUGCACCGGAUUCGUUGAAGGAAUGGCUCCAGUGUUUUCAAGAUCUGCCUGGUUUUGCACUUGGAAUCUUAUACAAAAUGAUCUGGUUCAUGGGUGGGGAAUGGAUAUGAAACUUGGGUACUGUGCACAGGGUGACCGUAGCAAGAAAGUAGGAAUUGUCGACAGAGAAUAUAUCUUCCAUCAAGGCAUUCAAACUCUAGGUGGAAGCGGUUAUCCCGAGAAGAAGAACUCGGCUCGCAGCGGAGUCUCUAGGAGACGCGGUUCUGCGACUUUUGAUUCAAGAACAGAGAUACGGAGGCAAUCAACAUGGGAGCUUCAAACUUUUAAAGAACGAUGGAACCGCGCGGUUGAAGAAGACAAGAACUGGGUCGACCGGUCUUCAUCGACUAGGAACCGGAUUGGCAAUAACCGGAGAUUAAAGCGUAGUAGUAGUGUGAUUCCAAGUUUAGUGUAG